AUGGCCCAGAUAUGGAUGGAACCUCCCGCGGCCCAUCAGGUUAAUCCGACUUCCCAGCCGGUACCUCCAACGGCACAAUCAGCAGCACGUCGAUCUAAAAGACACAUGUCACUACCCAAAAAGGAUGUGUAACCUCCCAGAAAACGAUUCCAGAAUGGGAUGAGACCAGGCUGCACGAUCGGCCGCAGUUCGCGCAAUCUGUGAUACAGCAGGAUGCGCGGCUGCCCCGCGAUCUUCAUUGACUAGCCAGACCCCAGGCCCAAUGAAACACACAGGCUGUGGGUCCUAUCAAAUGAACUGUGAAGAAGAUGCACCAGGCUCUGAAGCUGGCUUGCAGUUAUUGUUAUUUCAAAUGUCCGAAAGAUAACGAACCCCUUCCGUUUAACUGUUUUUAUCUUCCUUUAGGAUCUUUUUUUAAACACAUUUAAAAAUGACUUAAAGUUGGCCUUUUUCGCAUGCCUCUCGAAGAGAUAGAACUUGCUUCCCAGUAGGGGUGCCAUAAUUGUUUUGCUUUUCCAGUGCGAUUGGUAUGCUUCUAACUUAGUCGGACUGCAGGUCUACCGAUAUGCAUAUAUUUGUACCUUACAUGUUUGCGCGUUGAUGAUAAAUGUGCCUCAAACGCUGUCAUCCCCUUGCCCGUCAGCACGAUUAGAGAGAGGGUCUUCCACUCCAACCCUCCCUCCCCCCGGAAGGUGCACUGCUGUGUAAGGAGAACUGCGGGUGCAUUGCCAUAACCGUCUGCGUGUGCAUGGCACAGAAAUAAUUGCGGGACUGACCGAUUUGCGUGCAACUGCGCAACAGUAUGACACAUUCUUGCGUGACUUGUGUUGGGUUGAAGGGAGGAGAAGAGUCCAUGCAACUCAUGCGACCACUUUUUGCCGAAUGCAGUUUUUUGCUGACGGCCAGAGCGAAGGGCGUUUAAGAGCCGGCGCCUUGGGGUUACUGAAAUACCUUUUGACUGGGCUGUACAGAAAUAAAUAUAACAACCUCAUCUAAACACGGCUCUUCUUUUGAUGAAGACCGCUUCGCCAAGGUCUUUCGAAGUUUUGUGCGUCCGCAUCUGGAGUUUGCUAUCCAAGCAUGGAGACCCUGGACCGCUAAAGACCUCGGCAUACUCGAAAAAGUUCAACGGCGAGCAACGAAACUUGUAUCUGGGCAGUGGUCACUGCCCUACGAAACACGAUUAGUUAAUCUUGAUCCCUUUCCUUUGAGUUACAGACAGUUACGUGGGGACCUGAUACAAGCUUUCCGCAUCGUGCGCAAUCAGAGCUGCUGCCUCGCAUCUGGAGACUUCUACGAGUUGGCGACUACGACUAACCUGAGAGGCCAUCCACUCAAACUGCGUAUGAUUGGUGUCCGGCUAGACACACGAAAGUUCUUCUUCCCCAACAGAGCGGUUGAAGCUUGGAAUGAUUUGCCUGAGGAUGUUGUUAUGUCGGGAUCCGUAGACACUUUUAAACGGAGGCUAGAUCAACAUUGGAGCGUGCACCACAAUAACGCCGGACAUCAGCCACCUUGACAGCCAAUGAUGACAAAUUAAUGUUAUGACGAUGCUACUACCAACCUUCAAGUAACAUAUGUUUAUGUAAUUUAUUACGCUUGAAACGUGUCGCACGCCGCUGCUCGCAUUCACAAGGAUGCGUGCAAACUAAAAAAAUUUGAAUUCUUUUCCUGUAUCUUAGGUGUGCUUCAACUGUCUCCUGCAUUUAAUCAACAAACCGAGUUCAUAUUAAUCUAAAUGCUGUUAACGCAUGGAAAUCUGCGUUCAUCUGUACAGUUUUUGUUAUUCCCCUUGUAUUUCUUUCAUGUUACUUCCAUUCCAUUUUCUCCAUAUACUUCCGCUGCAUGUAACCAGUAGGAAUUUCAAAGGCACACACUUACUAUCCCUGAAAUACACUGAUACUGAUAACCCUUUUCAAUCGAAAACACAUUUCAGAAUUUCGAUUAGCAUUUCAUGAUAUGGAUUACAUACUGUAGUUACUGAAAUCCCAAGCCCAGAGCGAUGAAAAAGUACAGGACAAUGUUGAGCUAGUACUAUAUUUUUGGUUAAGGGCAACGGUAUAGAGGAGGACCCAAUGUAACUGUCAGUAGACUGUGGAUCGUGUUAUAUGGGGUUUUAUCUUGACAUACAUUUUCAAGCUGUUGCAGAAAUUACAAUGCCAACAACGAUUACUUCCCACAACCUCACACCUUAACUCAAAAUUUGUUAUUUUGUGAAAUUUACUCUUUGUUUACUGUUUAAUUACUACUCUCAUUUCCGUUGUUGCACAAUAGCGUAGGAUAAGACUUUCAACAUAAAUUCAGACAGUUUUUGUAUUUUCUUUCAUUUUGUCAGCUUACUGUCUAGCGUGCUGCCCCACCCAUAAAACUCCCUUUACCAUAGAUCGUGUAUGGCACGAUCCACAGUCUCCUGACAGUUAAGUGGGGUCCUUCUCUAUACCGUUGCCUGGGUAAUAAGCAAUGCCCUUGAUGAGCCUAUUGAAAACGGCACAUACAAUAUUCAUGUUCAACACGCAUGUUACUAAAAUGGCGACAGUACUAUAUUCGUUCGCAGGAAACGUUUUUGCAUUGUGGAACUGCAGGCGGUCCCUUCCAUGUACACUUAAGAUUAUAAAUGCAACUCAUGCUUCUUCGAAAUGCAACUAUAUACAACCAGCAAAAAAUGCAGUCGUUUGUGUAGUUUGCGAGAGAACAUGUCAUCAAACGUGCAGGGAUGCAUUACACAGGGAGUGAAAUCAGGAAAUAAAGUUCAUGGCUGGCCGCAGACAGUCCUGCAGUGAGAGUCGUCGUUUAUCAAAGAUCAAACGAUCUAGCCGCCUUUUGCAUACAGCCAUUGUGUUGCAUAUCACAAUUUCACUUGGAAGUGAGUUCCACGGUCUAGCCACACGCUGACUGAAUGAAAACUUCUGAAGCCACUUGCUGGACCAUGCAGCCAGCUUAUCAACAUCUUCUUGUAGUUUUUGCGCGUCGUCAACACAGCCGAUUGUUUCCCAGAUCUUGAUCUCGUCAGCAAACAUGAUGGCGUCGCAUUCAAGAUCUGCAGUACAGUCUUUUAUAUUGAUUAGGAAGAGGACCCAAACCGAACCCUGUGGAACGCCGCUUUCUACUGGUACCCAUUCGGAUGCAGUGGUACAAACACUUACUCUUAGGAGCCUGCAUGACAGGAAACUUUUGAUCCACUUAAAAAUGUUGCCCUAUAUUCCACACUACCAAAUCUUCUUUAGGAGUCGUCCAUGAGGGACGGUAUCAAAUGCCUUUUUGAAGUCGAAGAAGAUGACAUCUACUGGACGACCCUGGCUUGUAGCUUUCGUCCCUUUUUCCUGCGAGUAAAGGCUAUUCGUAAGACAUGAGUGGCCACGACGAAAUCCGUGCUGAGCAGCACACAAUAGGUUCCUCUGCUCCAAAUACGUCAUUAAAUGUUCCAUAAUAAGUCGUCCCAUGUCCUAGCACAAAAUUCAGGUUAAACUGGUAGGACGGUAAUUUUUGGGCUCCAGCCUGGACCCUCUUUUUUAGAUUAGAGAAAUAAGGCUAGUUGGUCGGAUCUUACUUCGUAGUCGUACCUGCAGUAGACAAGCCCCAGCCUAACCCUAACCCCUAACCUAAAACCCCAACUCCUAACCCUCACCCCCUAACCCUAAACCCCAACCCCUAACCAUAAUCCCUAACCCCUGGCUCCUAAGCCCAACCCCUAACAGGUACGGCUACGAAAUAGGAUCUUGCCAGGCAGUUUUCCAUUCCUCCGGCAGUUCACCUUCUUCCAUGGACUUUUGAAAUAUCAUGGACACCGGCUAGCACAAUACGUCAGCCGGUUCUCAAAAGACAAGUGGAUGAAAUUUAUCUGGACCAGGGGAUUUGGCAGGCUCCAGUCGGCGUAGUUCGGCUAUUAUGUGCGGACUCUGCUCUCUCAUACGAACACUGUGAUCUGCUUUGUCUUUUCUGGAUGCCCUAGGGCGCUUUUGCGUCUUCUGAGAUCUCUUUCUGUCGUCCUUUUCUCGCACAAGAGGUCGGUUCUCAGUUGUGAUUAGUGCCUUAGCCUAGUUGUCUUCUUCCUGAGCGGCGAGGAGAUUCCAUCAACUUCUCCAUCUUUACUUUUGCGUUUCUUAUCUCAUUCUCUAUUUUCAAGACCUUCUGGAGAAGUCUGAAACAUGCGGCACGGGUUUCGUACCUUUUCGCAUGAUCAGAAUAUACAAAACAAGUAGAGUACAGUGGUGAAUGCUGGUGUUUGGUCUUACUUACGCCUACUUCCCCACACUGACGCUCCUUCCAACUGCCUCACUUUGUAUGUUGUCACACCCCGCGCUUACUUGCGUUAUUCUCUUCAGGGAAUACUGAUUCAAUGCAGACCCUACCGAUACAAUCGGAAGUUAAGUGCCAGGAAGCAGUUGUGAAGAAGGAGACGCAAUCGUUCUAUUCGCCUCACACUUCGGAUUCCCAAGAAACCAGUCGGGACCACAAAUGUUUCUCACCUGGUCCUAUCCUUUGCGUGAUAGAGCAGGAUUUGCAACCUUGUCUAAGCUUCCCUGCAAGUGGCUUUACCUUGUCAGCCCCUUCUCCCAUGACCCGUUGCUAUUUUAACAGGCCUUUUUUUAUGGGGCGACAAAUGUGCUGUAUGCUCCGUGGACGUUAUCUCUUCUCCCAAGCACUCCCUUCUUGCUCUCGGGGGCGAUGUAGACGGCUUAGAGGCAACGGUAGGGUGUAGGACCCCCAAAUAACUUGAACUAGCCUGUGGACCGUGUCAUACGUUGAAUGGUAGUAAAGGGGGUUUUACGGUUGAGGCAGCACAUAGGACGAAGAGCAAGAGGACACAGAAUAUAGAUGAAUUUCUGCCGAAAGUCUCAUCGUAUGUUGUCAUUUGGCAAAGAAAGUGAGCGUGAUAAUUGAAAAGUAAACAAAAAGCAAUUUCUAAAAGAUAACGGACUUUGAAUAAAGCGCCGCUGGUAAGUUUACAUGUAGUCAGUAAGGCAGGGAAUAUUCACACGAUGGGAACGGGAAAUAAUAAGUGAUGUUUACAGACACACUGAAUUUUAGGGUAUAUUUUUGGAGUUGUCGCAUACUUGUGGGUCCUACACCCUAUCGUUACCGCUCAGACAUUACCUUUUUGUUUGUGUAAAGGGUCAAAAUCAUAAUGGCCCCGUUCUCCUCAUAAUGCUCCUAAUGGUUCAUUCAUCAAGCUUGACACAAUACUUCCCUCGUUUCGUUUCAUUUUUGGCAGGAUUCUUAAAUUUGCAGCCUUUUUGGACUGCCAAUCUGAAACUUGCUCACUUAUCUAACAGAGCCCCUAUACUGGUAAGUGCUGAAGAUGGAACUGCUAAUCAUAAUUCCUGAUCACCUUCCAGGUUCCAUGAGACUUUCUUUCAUUAUAUUUUACCUAACUGUUUGAAAUAACAGUAAUAGCCAAGGGUGCACGCGGUCACGCCGCCGUGAGAUGGCGUGGGACUCAGCGUAUCGCGAAUACCACCCUCUGCAUUCAUUUCCCUACCUUUAUGGCUUGACUACAAAAACUUCUCAUUUGAUGCCGCAUUUUCACAAUCUCUGACGACGGCCUCCUGUACGAGACCGAAAGCUCAGACUAAUACGACAGUAAACGUGUUCGAGAACUGUAUUUUCUGCCUGUCUAUUUGGACCCUAAACAUAGAUCAUUAUAAACGUAUUACUGGCACUAUUUAAGUGGCAUUGUAUUUUAAAUUAAAAUUCCGGGAAGAGACCCAGCGUAUGGAGACAGAACGGAGCCCUACAAGAGUCUGGGUCUUUCUUGAAGAGUUUUGUCGAUGCUACCUUCCCAGCUGUUUAUAGGACGCCAGAAAUGGCCAUCUCGGUCCCCUUGUCUUUGUCGGUAUCACUCCAAGAGAUCGGUCUUAUGCCACGCGCAACUCCUGCAUGGUGAUUCCACCGCCUCUUUGUACUACAUCUAAGCGCUCCCUCUUCUUUGCUUCCAAAUAUGCCUUCCUUUGGAAUAAUCUUCGCCAGAUAUUAGAUUAUCGCCUAAGUUACUGGUAUUCAAGUCGAAAUUACGCAAACAUCUUACACCGAAAAGCAUAAAGGCACUGUUAACGGUCUCAUUCCCGAACACUCAGAUUCUUGACUUCGAGAAGGGUCCUCCUGGGAUUUAGUGGUAGAUUAAGUGGUAACUCUUAAUUAUAUCAUUAUAAACCCCCGUUUUGAAUUGGUUUCUAAAUCCACUGCUAUCACUCCUCCCCCAUAGCGAUAAUUUUCGCGGUUUUUGAUGUCAUCUCUCGCAUUCCGACCUCAUGCGGUCUGUCGACGCUCACGGAGGAACCCUCAGUAUUCAGCGUCUACUAGUAGUUUGGUCGUACCUCCCUUCCCCACUGCUCGGCUGAGCUCGAAGCGUGCUGUGGUCGAUCGCAUCUGGGUUCCUCUCGUCUGGCUUCUUUGACGCGAAUAGUCUCAUCCGGCGUAUCAAUCCGGCCCAGACGAUCUCAAUUGUGAAUCCCGUAUACAAUGCCACAUGCAAGCCAGUCCUGUCUGACCCGCAUACGUACCCCUUAAGGCUAAGAUUUAUUGCUACCCUGACGAUGACCGACAACAUUCCGUUAUAUACCGCCACCUACAGGCCAGUCCUGCUCGCUUUUUUCUGUUAUUAUUUUUAUGGAGGGUUUUUUUUCUCCCGUAAAAUUAAUCCAAUCAUUUUUAACUUUUUGUAAGGAGUUUUUUUCACCCCUCAAUCAUCAUGUUUCUCAAUGAACUACUAAUUCAGAAACUAUGAAUUGCAUUUUGUAAAGAUUCGGCCUACCUCGUCUAAAACUCGCAUGUAAGUUUAUUUUAACUUGCUUUGAUGGGACCCCGACGGGUCUUUAAUAAAAACUUAUCUAUCUAUCUAUAUAUGAAUAACUGAUGUGGUGUUCAUUCCGAGGUGAUAUAAUGAAAAAGAGAAGGCUCUUCGGAAAAUCGAGUUGUAAUCUUACAUUUUCAUGUCGGUGACACUAACCCGUCGUCAGAAGAAAUGAACAGGGGGAAAGUGAAAUCGGCAGACUAGGUCGGCUGGCGCGACAGGACAGGCAACGACAAACAGACAGCUGAUGCGUGAGUGGGGUGGGCACCGAGUCAUGGUAGGCUGUGGGGCAGGGGGAAGGAAGGAAGAAAUUAAUGCGACACUGGAGAAUUCGGGUGCAACAACACCGACCGACCGACGCAUGGUGAGAGGCCAAGAAACAGCCUUGACCCUAUUCUAUGGUCUUCCCAAGAUGCACGAGGAGGGCGCUCCUCUCCGGCCCAUUAUAUCGCUCAAAGGCACUCCAACGUACGGACUGGCAAAAUGGCUGUUUCGAUGCCUCAAAUUUCUGACCGCUGAUUCGAACACAACCGUCUAUUCGUCAACAUAAUUCCUGGAGAAACUCUCUUGCCAAAUGAGCUCAUGGCAUUUUUUGAGUCACGUCCCUCUUUACUUCUAUCCAUCAGGAUCUGGCAAUCGAGAUAGUCGAGCUACUCCUACGAAGCAAAUACAAUGAAACGGAGAGUCGUCUCGGACAUGCCAAAGUCGUUCAGCUCCUAAAGUUCUGUCUGAGGACGUACUUCACGUUUGGCGGAACAAUCUACGAGCAGGUGAAGGGGACACCAAUGGGCCCGCUGAUUUCGGGAUUCGUCUCCGAGGCGGUCCCACAUCGGCUAGAGUCGCUAGUCUUCCAACACCACGGACCAAAAUUUUGGGCUCGGUAUGUGGACGAUACCUUCGUCCUCAUCGAACGGGAUCAGAUGCUAACGUUCAAAGAACGUCUCAACAGCGUCUUCCCGGACAUACAAUUUAUGAUGGAGGAGGAAGAAAACAACCAGCUGGCAUUCCUUGAUGCCCUCGUCUGUCGCAAAGAUCGUGGUGGCCUAAAGACCAAAGUGUUCAGAAAAGUGACGAACACGACGUAA